AUGGUAGCUGAAAAUCUAAACAGCUUCUUUCUUAAUAUUGGUCCAAACUUAGCUGAAAAAAUUCCUUCAAGUUCAUCAUCGUUUGAUUCUUAUUUAAAAAUAUAUGAUAAGGUCAUGGACGAAUCUAAACUAGAUAUUAAUGAGUUACGAUAUGCUCUAGAUAAUCUUAAAAACAACACAAGUAGAAACUCCCUUAUAUCACAUUUUAAUCUUUCUCUUCAAUCUGGAACAGUUCCAGAAAAAUUAAUAAUUGCACGGGUCUUGCCUAUUUUUAAGUCUGGCGAUGACACAGAUUCUUCAAAUUAUAGACCAAUAUCAAUUUUACCAUGCUUUUCUAAGUUACUCGAGCGUAUAAUGUAUAAUAGGCUAAACAGCUACUUAACAGUAAAUAACAUGUUGUACAACAAGCAAUAA